AUGUCGCUUCCACCGCUGGCAGCCUUCCCCAAGGCAACAUGGCAGCAACAACUCCCGCCGGCGGAAUGGGAUGCCCUCAUAGACGCAUGGACGACACUCUGCAACGCCUAUCUAGACCUCUCGGAUGACGAAUUCAAAAAGCAGUCUCAUACACACACCUCACUCGUCAGAUUUACAUCAACUUUUGUCCACCAAGUUGCCGAAACGCCAUCCAUAUCAAAGUCCAAGCUCCUCCUCCGACCCGUAUUCCACCUCUCAUUGCGGCUGUUCAAACUCCUCAACCCGCCAGAGCUACUAGAUCUCUCGUUCCUCGCCGCCUUUGCAAGGAUAUACCCCAAGAAGCGCACAUAUCCAGCCAUAGCACACCUCUUCACCACCCACUCAUCCAGCACACACAUCGAUGCGUCUCUCACGGCUCUCAAGAAACUCCUCAUCCCACACCUCGACUCCGGCAUCAAGGGGGACCUGAAACUAGUGGAGGAUAAACUCACCACGCUGAACCCGCUGCUACAUGUGUCGCCGCACGCAUGCGUGCAAUUACUAGCCGGAUCAGACUUCUACGAUGGGCUGGUGACGUGCUUCAAGGUUAUGAAUCCGCCGCUGCGCAAGGCCAUUAUCACGACGACGUAUCUCUGCAUCGUUGGACUUACGGAGGCGGAGCCGCAGAAAUGGUCUAUGCUGAAUGACCAGCUGUUUGCUUUGAAGAGCGCUGCGGAGGCGCACAAGGCGGGCCCGUUGAAUGUAAACGACUCGCUUGUCGCGGAGCUGGUGACUGCGACGCCGCUGCUGAAGGUUCUGCUGAGGAGGGCGGAGGAGAAUGGCGCUGCGACGGAGAGCUUGAAGAAGAGGAUUGCGGUGUUGGAGUCGUUUAGGAAGGGCCCGAUGGUGAGACCGAAACGACUGGUGAGGAGGAAGGUUGAUAAGGGGAAGGGGAGGGAGACGAAUGAGGAUGUGCAGGAUGAGAUGCAUGUUCAUCGUUUGAGUCAGAUUACUCAGAUUCAGGACUUGUUCCCGGACUUGGGGUCUGGGUUUGUCUCCAGGUGUCUGGAUGAGUAUAAGGAUGAUGUGGAACAGGUUGUUGCAAAUUUGCUUGCUGAGUCGCUACCAUCUCAUUUGGCUACGGCGGAUAGGAGCGAACCUUUAUCUACUCAAGUUCCUCAGCCAGACCUUGCGCCUCGAUCUACACCUCCGCAACUUCCGACCCGGCGGAACGUAUUCGACGAUGAUGACUUUGACCGCCUCAGCGCUGAUGUAUCAAAAAUCUCGUUUGGCAAGAAACCGCAAAAGAACGCCGAUGAACUCCUUCGAGAUAAAUCCACGGCACCAAACAAAGCUGCUAUUCUUUCUGCCCUCGCGUCAUUUGACUCAGACGAUGAUGAGCGUGAUGACACGUAUGACGCUGACGAUGUUGGUGGCACCGUCGAUACCAUGAACCAGGAAGCCGAUGGGGUGAAUGAUGGAAACGAACAAGUCCUCUUCCGAGCCUACCAAUCGGAUGAGAGGAUAUUUGCCAGAGACGCUGGCACCAGAAGAGGCAAUCCGCGCACGAAGCUGAGGGAGGAGACGGGCAUGACGGAUGAAGCCAUCGAGGGAUGGGCGGUUAUGCUGGCACGAAAUCCUCAGCAAAAGAGGAGAUUAGAGGCGAAGUACGCUUUUGCGGGACAACAAGCCCAGGUUGAGCGUACAGCCUGGAGAGCCAGUCCAGCUGGCUCGGGUACUGAAGACAGUGACUUUGACGGAGGAGCUGGCAGGGGUGGGAGAGGAGGGAGAGGAGGCCGUGGCGCUGGCAGAGGACGAGGACGAGGCGGUCGCGGAGGGCUCCAGGGCAAACCACAACAGGAGGGAUGCCCGGGCUAA